UUAAUUUUUUUUUCCGUGUACAACAAAAAGGAGAAAUGAAAAGAAAAGAAGUGUUCGUUUUAAAAAAAUGAACAUAAUGGCACAGGUGGCGCUAGUAGUCAUCGUCUACCGAUAAACUAACCUAAUACAUUCCUUUGUCCUCCUCGAUAGUGAAGCUUGAAUCGAAUUAACAACAAUGGCCGUUGUGGUUGGCUGUCAGUGGAAAACUUUCGCAGAUUAUGUACCGAAUGACAGUUCCUUUACGAUCGAUAAUUUUAAUCAGUUUUUCGUAUUAAUCAAUUUGUAAAUAUUACGAGUUAAUAGGAAUUGUGACAGACGAUGAUUAUUUAAUAAACUUAAGAUUCGCGGGUAUCGACUGGUGGAUCAUCAAUGACCAGCUGACAAUGUUUUUUAAUUACCAUAAUUCAUUGUGAUCAUCUGCUACUCGCGGUUAUUCGAAAAUGUUCAAAGCCGAGGAAUCCUCUCGAGGCAGCUUCCUUCAGCAAACUAAAGCAGCGAGAGAAGAAAGAGCUCAUGAAAAGGACAGGGAAGCUGCUGUCACUGUUAUUCAAGCUUAUGUUAGAGGAUGGUUGGCUCGGAUAAGAUUUACCAAAAAGAUUUUAGAGGAAUUCGAUAUCAAUUUUCCUGAUGAUUGUACAAAGCUCGAUGCGAACAUAGAGUUGCAGCUUGCAUUGCAUAUAUACAGGGUUACUUCUAGAUUUUUGAUUAUUUAUAAGAAGGAAAGGGAUCAAGAGCGUAUAGAAAAAUUAUGUAGAUACCUUGUGCAAACUCUACAUUCAGAAUCUCCUAAAUUCUCAUACGUAGGUGUUGCCCUUAACAAGGAUCACUACAUAUCAUGGAUAUUGCAAAUGAAAACUAUUUUAAAUCAUUGUCUCAUUGGCUUGGACAGCCUUAAACCUGAAAUAAGUUCUGACCAUACGUCCAUCCUAUUGAGAUUAUACACAUUAGUUAGUUUUACAUCACCGGCAUCAUGGGCGAUAUUAAAAGUAGAGGGUAUGGAGAAACUGAGACCUGGUAUGAGCCAGUUAUGUGCUAACAUAAUGGGGCAUCUUGUCAAUAAUGGCUUUUAUGCUAUUAUGCAGACGUUACUAGUAAAAGGAUUAGGUAGAGCAGAAGUUUCAUCGAUAUCAGUUGCACUCUCCGCAGCUGUGACAUUAACUUUAAGACCAUUGAUAUCUUCACAAAUGUCAGAUAAAUUAGUAUCGCUAUUUUUAAUUAAUAUUUUUAGUGUCCCUGCUUUAGUUUAUCACUUGAACAUGUUAUGUCCAGAGUGCAUUUCAUCCUUUAUUAUGCACAAUUUAUUUGCGAGAAGUUUGGAAUUAUUAAAUUCGGAACAAAAUUUGAGGAUAGUUUUUAAUGCAUUGGAGGGUAGUUAUGCACUCUGUCUAUUAUCCAAUUUAAUACAAUUAGCCAAUAUCGAAAGAGAAGAAGUCCUGAGAGAUUCGUAUUUUCCUUCUUUUACGUUCGUUGUUACAAAAAUGCUAGAAGCAUGUCAACAGUACGUUGUAGCCAAACAGAGUAACAUAACUCAUUGGCAUCCAAUUCUCGGUUGGUUUGCCCAAUCGGUUGAUACUCCUUUACAAGAAGCUAUUCCUUACGUGACAUCGCAAUUAGCUUGCCUAUGGACCGGCAGAAUUGUUUUACAGUUAAUUGGCCAACCAUUAACUGAACUAGUUGGUAAGGAAUCACCACCGCAGUUGGAACAACAGAGCACAUCUUUAAGUACUAAUAUUUUCCGUCGAGCAUUUUUGGAAGCACGCACAAAUAGAAAUAAUAGCAAUAAAAAUUAUAGAAAAUUAGGGAGUCCUGAAUGUACCAAAAUUGCCCUGAUUUGUUCCAUGUAUCAAACUGCUCUACAUACGCUUACACAAAUGAAACAAGACAUAUUAACAGGGCUUUGUUAUCAAGAUAAAAUUUUGUAUCAUAUGUGGUUAUUUUUGGGAACAUUGGGGCCACACUGUGGCUUAAAAGCGUUUCUGGAUCAUUUAGCAGCGAAUACGAAAUGUACUGCACCAGAAUUUCAAAUGUUGAUAUUAUUUUGUGAUUGUAUGACUCAUUACGUUACCAUAUUAGAUGAUAUGGAGAUGUACGAGCAGCAAGAUCCUUUUAAAUUGUCGGACUUUAUAACAAUGUCAUUUUUUUUAAAUCAAUUUUUAUACAAAGCUGUUCUUAUUAAUCUAUUUGAUGUUACAGAUGUGAAAACAGUGUCUAACAAUCCGUUAUUUACAUCACUACAUACACUUUUAAUGGCUAUUUACCGCCGGGAUUGCAGAAGACCUUUUUGUCCAGAUGGACAUUGGUUGGCGAAGGAGGUACGAGUUUCUGGUUUCUUAGCGGAUUUAGAAAAAAGGAGAGGUGGUGCAGCACUUUUGCUUUCAAAAAUGCCCCACGUUAUACCGCACUCCGAACGAGUGGUUUUAUUUCGAAAACAUGUUGCCAACGAGAAAGCAGUUAUGGGUUUAACUGAGAGUGCUUGUAAUAGCCCACCAACUACGCUAAUAGUUGUUCACAGAACGCGUAUAGUAGAGGAUGGCUAUCGGCAGUUAGCAAUGUUACCUCCUCAAGCUCUGAAAGGUGUAAUCAGAGUACGUUUCGUGAAUGAACAGGGUCUGGCAGAAGCUGGAAUAGAUCAGGAUGGUGUAUUCAAAGAAUUUUUGGAAGAAACGAUUAAAAGAGUUUUUGAUCCGUCUUUGAAUUUGUUUAAAGCUACUAGCGAAAAUCGUCUUUACCCUUCUCCAACGUCCUCGAUGCAGGACAAUCAUUUACAAUUAUUUGAAUUCGUUGGACGAAUGCUAGGCAAGGCUGUUUACGAGGGAAUCGUCGUAGAUGUUCCGUUCGCGUCAUUUUUUGUUUCCCAAUUUUCUGGGCAAGCAGGAGGAACAUUGUAUAAUUGUUUAGACGAGUUAGCUUCGUUGGAUCGUGAUCUCUAUCGUAGUCUAACUUUAGUGAAGCAUUACAAAGGUGAUAUCAGACAAUUAGAGUUGACUUUUUCUUUGGACGAAGAUGUGAUGGGAAAAUUAGUAACUCACGAGUUGAUACCUGGUGGACGUGCCGAGGCAGUUACUAAUCAAAAUAAGAUUCGUUAUAUACAUCGAAUGGCACAUUUUCGUAUGCACACGCAAAUCAAGGAACAAACGGCUGCUUUUAUCAAAGGAUUUUGUUCUAUAAUCAAUCCUGAUUGGUUGUCAUUAUUUUCAACUCCUGAACUGCAAAGAUUAAUAUCGGGUGACAACGUCCCAUUAGAUCUACGCGAUCUACGUAGACACACGCAAUAUUAUGGUGGUUUCCAUGAUAGUCAUAGAGUAGUGUGCUGGUUAUGGGACAUCCUUGAGAAAGAUUUUACGGAGGAAGAAAGAGGCUUAUUUUUAAAGUUCGUCACAAGCUGUUCAAAAUCACCGUUGCUGGGCUUUGCUCAUUUGGAACCACGAUUUUCCAUACGUUGCGUUGAAGUUGGCGAUGACGAGGAUACAGGCGAUACAAUUGGCAGUGUGAUACGAGGAUUUUUUACGAUACGUAAAAAGGAUCCUCAAAUUCGGUUGCCUACUUCUUCAACUUGUUUCAAUUUAUUGAAGCUACCAAAUUACCAGAAAAAAAGUACACUUCGUGAAAAGUUACGUUAUGCUGUUACCAGUAACACCGGUUUCGAACUUUCUUAAUUAAUCUACGAAUUAUUGGUAGUAACAAUCAUCAGGGAACUAACUCGAGACGCGGAGCGAAAAUCGAAAGUGAUCGAGCGGUGCCUAACUGAUUUACCCCAUGUUUCAAUAUAUAACAUGACCUAUAAGUAUCUACAAAAAAUACAUAUAUAUAUAUAUAUAUACAUAUUACAAUUGAAAAUCGAAGAAUGAACGAAAAUGUACAGUAAAACAUAUACACGUAUAUAGUCUUAAGCCUAAUAAGUUGCUAGAAUUAUAACUCCUUUAGAAUAAUUAUUUGCACAAAUAUUUCUUAUGAUAUUUAAGAGAAAAUGAAACAAACAAAAAAUACUAUGAAGAUUUCUUAGUUAAUUUCUAUUUUUGUUCUUUUUUCUUAUUGUUUGCCGAUUGCACAUAUCUUUCCAUUAUUGAUAAGCAACGUAGAAAAAGAAGAGUAAGGGUAGAUAAGCCGACAUGCAAAUCUGGUGCAUAUUAUCUUGCGUUGUUCCUUUAUAAAUCUAUAUAUAUUACGUGUACUAGACUCAUGCGAUAUUUAGUUUAAGCGAUUAUGAUUAAUUACUAUAUGUUUUUUUUUUAUAAUCAACCUAUUGUGUUUCUUCUCGAUUGUGUAUAAUUAGUUGAAAAGCGAUGCGAUUUCUAGGACAAUUCCAGGCGUGAUUCAUGUGUACCUUAUACGAGCUUACAAUUAUUAAUCGUUCGCUUUUUAGUCAAAUGGUAGUAAAAAAUAAUGGCAUUAUUAUGGAAGUGGUUUGCAUAUUCGUAUACAUACAAUAAAUGUUAAUCAUUGAGCAAGUGAGAAAGAAGAUAUAUAUAUAUAUAUAUUAUAUGAACGUAUGAAACAAUUUUGUGAGAAUAAGAGUUUAAGGAGAAUGAGGAAAACAUAAUAUAAAUAAAUAAAAAAAUAAGAAGAGAAGAUAAAAUCUAAAACAAAAAGAAAAGAAAAGAAAAGAAAAGAAAAAAUACGGCAGACGCUCUAUUUUGAAGAGAGCUAUUUUCUCGAUAAAUUUUUGUACAAAUUUUUGAAAAGAAUAUUGCGAAUUAUAUAAAACGCGUUGUGCGGUUUAAUACGAUGGUGUCGUCGUUGUGAAUGAAAUCGGCAAUGUUUUGUACACUGAAUUUCCUAUACGAAUUCUCCUCUCUUUUGUUAUUUCAUUGAGAUUGAUUAGACGCGAUAUUAAUGAAUUUUUUAUGAUACUAUACACAUAUAUACAUACAUACGUACAUAGGACACAGUAUGAUACAUUUCGUAUUUCGAUUUUUUGGAUAAUGGAAUCAAUGGGGGGAGACUUACGUGGGAAGUUCAGUAAGACCAAAGAUAAAAUAUAUAAAUCUAUUUAGCGCUUAGAAAUACGAGUUCUGCGCUUGCAUAUUUUCCUACGUAAUAUCCGUAUCAAAAUAUAUGCAUAUGUAUAUAUAUAUUAUUAUUACUAUUAUUACUAUUAUUACUAUUAUUACUAUUAAUUAUAAUUUAGCAGCAACAUUUUCGAUUUCUCUAUUCACAUUUAAUAUAACGUUGGAAAAA